ACCCGUGAUCGGCGGCAGCAUGCCAGGGAAACCCAAGCACCUGGGUGUCCCCAACGGGCGCAUGGUUCUGGCUGUCUCAGAUGGAGAGCUGAGCAGCACGGCGGGGCCCCAGGGCCAGGGCGAGGGCCGCGGCAGCUCCCUCAGCAUCCACAGUCUCCCCAGUGGCCCCAGCAGCCCCUUUCCCACCGAGGAGCAGCCUGUGGCCAGCUGGGCCCUGUCCUUCGAGCGGCUGCUGCAGGACCCGCUGGGCCUGGCUUACUUCACUGAGUUCCUGAAGAUGGAGUUCAGCGCGGAGAACGUGACUUUCUGGAAGGCCUGCGAGCGCUUCCAGCAGAUCCCGGCCAGCGACACCCAGCAGCUAGCUCAGGAGGCCCGCAGCAUCUAUCAGGAGUUCCUGUCCAGCCAGGCGCUGAGCCCGGUGAACAUCGACCGGCAGGCCUGGCUCGGCGAGGAGGUUCUGGCCGAGCCCCGGCCAGACAUGUUUCGCGCCCAGCAGCUUCAGAUCUUCAACCUGAUGAAGUUCGACAGCUAUGCGCGCUUCGUCAAGUCCCCGCUGUACCGCGAGUGCCUCCUGGCCGAGGCCGAGGGGCGCCCCCUGCGCGAACCUGGCUCCUCGCGCCUCGGCAGCCCUGACGCCACAAGGAAGAAGCCGAAGCUGAAGCCUGGGAAGUCGCUGCCGCUGGGCGUGGAGGAGUUGGGGCAGCUGCCGCCUGCUGAGGGUCCUGGGGGCCGCCUGCUCCGCAAGUCCUUCCGCAGGGAGCUGGCCGGGGCAGCCACAAACUCCCCCUUGCGCCGAGAGUCUCAGGGCUCUCUCAACUCCUCCGCUAGUCUGGACCUCGGCUUCCUCGCCUUUGUCAGCAGCAAAUCUGAGAGCCACCGGAAGAGUCUUGGGAGCACAGAGAGUGAGAGCGAAAACCGGCCCGGGAAGUACUGCUGCGUGUACCUGCCAGAUGGCACAGCUUCCUUGGCCCUGGUCCGAUCCGGCCUCACCAUCCGCGACAUGCUGGCAGGCAUCUGUGAGAAACGAGGCCUCUCUCUACCUGACAUCAAGGUCUACCUGGUGGGCAAUGAACAGGCCUUGGUCCUAGAUCAGGACUGCACCGUGCUGGCGGAUCAGGAAGUGCGGCUGGAGAACAGGAUCACCUUUGAGCUCGAGCUGGCGGCGCUGGAGCGCGUGGUGCGGAUCUCGGCCAAGCCCACCAAGCGACUGCAGGAGGCGCUGCAGCCUAUCCUGGCCAAGCACGGCCUGACCUCUCAACAGGUGGCUCUGCACCGGGCAGGCGAGAAGCAGCCACUGGAUCUGGAGAAGCUAGUGAGCUCGGUAGCUGCCCAGAGACUGGUUUUGCACACUCUUCCAGGUGGGAAGAUCCCCGAAGCUUGCGACAAAUCCCCCUGCUGCAGCCAGGUGAGCGAGAACUCCUGGGCACCCUCGUCCACCCUCUGCUCCUCACCUUUUGAUUGUGGCUCUCACCUCACGUUCUUGCAGGGCUGCCCUAGAACCCAGGACAAGGUCGCCCAUCCCCCUUCACCACCCCCCAAUUCGCUGGUGGAGGUGCCCAGUAGUGCCACUGGGAAGCGGCAGACCUGUGACAUUGAAGGCCUGGUAGAACUGCUGAACCGGGUGCAGAGCAGUGGGGCCCAUGACCAGAGAGGCCUUCUGCGAAAAGAGGACCUGGUGCUUCCAGAAUUUCUGCAGCUGCCUGCCCAAGGGCCGAGCUCCCAGGAGGUCCCACCACAGACUGAAUCUGCAGCCCCUCCCAGAGGGGGACCCUCAAACGCCAGUGCCCACCUGGCCCUCUGACAGCUGGCUAACAGUCUGGGCCAGCUGCAUGGUGCCUGGCGGGCCAAGCAUGCCAUGGGUCCGCUCUGCAUGCCCUGUCUGUGUCCCUGGCCCUUUUCUGCCAUGGGCAGGCCCGCAGGAAGAGCCGCGAGGAGACUUAUUCACAAGGGGACUCAGAGGGGCCACAUUCCACAGCUGUCACCACCUGGUUCAUCACAUGCUCACCCACCCAUCCCUUGUAGCUAGGCCAUGAGGUGUGGGGGAGAUAGGCCUAGCCACUUGGUGCAGGCGUGCCCAACACGGAGGGGUGGCCCUGGCAGUGCCAGCCUCCCCAGCCUGUGCCAAGCUUCAGCAAGGGGCAGGAGAAGGGGCUGGCCCCUCCUCAGGGAGCUGGUGUGAGUAAGGCCUGGGGGUGAAGGCUGGCGGCUCCUCUCUCCAUCCACAUGGACUCUACUGUACAUAGGGACUUUGCAGUUGGCUUAGGGCAGCUGGGUUUGUCCUGGAUGUUUAUAUUGUUAUAAUAAUAAUUAAUAUUAUUCUGCCA